AUGAACUUGACUGCUCUAGAAGAGAGUAGCACUAUAUAUCACGGAUAUUUGAAAGGCAGUACUGGUAGUGAGGAAUUGGAUAAAAAGUUUGAACCAAUUGAGUUAGAAGAGGAUGAAGAAUCUGAAACCGAUCCAGAUGAGGAAGAAUUUCAAAUAGAUGCUGAUUUAGAUGACGGUGAGAAAGUUGAAAUUGAAGGAGUGGAUGUGUUGGAGAUUGAAGAAUCUUCCGCAAUUCAAUUAGCCGAGGUAAAUGGGGCUGAUAGCUUAGAAAAGGAUGUAGAACAAGGAAAGCAUGAUUUGGUAGAGACUGAAAAAGUUUCUGUUGUCCCAGCUGAGGGGAAUGAAUUUGAUAGUUCAGAAAGGGAUUUGGACCAAGAGCUUAGAAAUUCUAAUAUUGAGGUUGAGUUGGUUGAAUCCCAAUCUUUCAUUGCUGAUAAUGCACUUGAGUCGAUGAUUGACAAUCCUGAAAGCAUAGAGAAAGAAAUUUCUGCUGUUGAAGAAGCCCAACCUUUGGAAAUGAUGGAGUCUCCAAUAAGACAUGAUGAAGAUAAUGUUGGUGCAUAUCAGACCCUGGGAAUUUCCUCACUUGUACUGAGUCUGCUUGCUGGUACAGUUCUCUACGUGAAGAGAAGAAGUGAUAAGACUUUGCAUCCAGUAGCAGUCUCAAGUAAGAAAUUUGCCACACACCAUGUUGUCAAAGAAAAGCAUUCCUCUCAAAAUUGGCCUAUAGAGGUCGAUGUCGCAGGAGUGAGACGUCCGUCUGAGAUGAACAUCUUUCAAAUAAGUUCAUCUCAUAGCAAGAAAUAUCCCAAAUCAGAGGAUGAGGCUCAGAGCAUUGAGAAGAAACCUAGAAAGAGUAACAGGGGAGAAUCCUUGGCUGCAUCUGAGUUCUCAAUGGGUUCACCUUCAUAUAGAAGUUUCACUACAUAUGUGAGGAUUCCUGCCAAGCAU